AUGUCGAAGCUCAAAAGCACGUCCGGCAUAAAAGCAUCUAGAACUCUAAACAUAGAGGAACUUGAUGAAUACAAGCGUGAUAUCCCUCACUCGGCGAUAACACGGCGUCUGUACAAUCCACGGAAAGAUCCAAUUCUUAUAACUAAGGCAAAAGCUAAUGUUGAGACUGUGGACGAUUUUCCUGCCCGUCGAGUUAGUAUUCCGAGCCGUAAGUUGUAUAAUCCCUACGGUGAUAAAAACUAUGAUUGGGAAGAGGCUGCAGGAAUAAACGACAAGCGAAAUGAAGGUGUCAAGCAGAACAUUAUAGUAAAUUCUCUUUCGUCAGAUAAUAAUCACACGCGAGCCGACGAAUCCAAAAACGGUAACCUUGAUCGACUUGAUGAAACAAAUCGAAAAGAUGUUGCUACAGAAAUCCUCGCCAAAACUGUCAAAUCUCUUUCAAGGAAAAUAAUGUUGAUGGAGAGGCCGAUUAUCGAAAGUUCAGAAAAAUUCACAGGAAAAAACUCUGUAUCAUCACAUAACGAAUUUUACGAGGAGCGAUAUUGGCAAGAUAAAAUUGAUGCACAUCUGAAUUUGGCGAACAAGUACUUUGAUUAUAUUCACCUGAGCUAUUCUUUAGCGGCAAAACAUGAUAUUGAGGCUAAAUGUUGGAAACUUGGGUUUUAUUCGUUGAUUGAUCAGUUUCGCUAUGCAAUUCGUCUAGACAAAUCACAAUCUCGAAAUAGAUCACACUCCACGGUUAUUUUCGAGCAAUUUGGAGCUUUUUUGAAUGAGGCAGAAACCUUUUAUAAAAGACUACUAAAGCAAAUUGCUGCUGAUACGAAGCAUAACGAGAAAUCUUCUGAGAAAAAUAAACCUCCCAGAUGGAUUCGUUGCGUUAGCUGUUUAGGAGAUAUUACUAGGUAUCAAUGGACAUAUUGUUUAGAGGACAAUGGAAAGAACAAGGACUUUUGGGCCAGAAACGCGUCGCGUUGGUAUUGUAUAGGGAUUCAGCUAAAUUCAAAUAAUGGUAAAUUUUACCAUCAUUUGGCAAUUCUCGCGGGUGCGGAUGAAUUUAAAUCGCUCUAUUACUUUUGUAGAAGUCUCUCGGUCAAUACUCCUUUCUCCACUGCUCGUGAGUCAUUAGUCGCAUUGUUUGAAACAAAUCGCCUACGAUUCCCUAAACUUAAUAAACAAAAACCAAGGCAAAAACAAAAGGCUCGUCGAAAUUAUGUUCAAAAAGAAAAACCCAUCGAUAUCUUCGCUGAUCAGUCGAUUGAGAAUUUAUUUGUUCGAUUACAUGGAAUGCUUUUCACAAAAAUUGGUCUCGAUGAUUUUGAGCAAACCUUUGAAAUCUUUUUAGAAAAAUUGUGCAAAUGGAAGAGUCCUCAAAUUGCUAACAAUAAAAACGAAACUCAAUGGCUAGAAUGCUAUUUACAAAUGGCGGUGGUUAAUCUCUCUAGCAUGUAUAACUAUGGGAAUAAUGAAGGUUCUUUUCUUGGCCAAUACAACUCUUGCGCAAACAUAGAUACAGAUCCCACAUUUUCCGAAAAGUCUAUGCUCACUUUCAUCGUUAUGAGACAGUUUAUGUCCAAUUAUCUUGAUUCGUUAUUGUACCAAGAAAAAAAUGACCUUUCUGAAGGUUGGCUCUUGUAUUGCGAAGUUGUAAUGCUUUGGAUGGUUGCCGAUGGAAUUUUUGACGGAUUUGGGGAUGAAGUCAACAAAUCAAUCGGAAUGUAUAUAUGUCCAAACUUCUGGGAAACAUUGGCGAAAUUCCUCACGGAAAUAGCACAUCAAGUAUCUCUACUUACUAAGGAACAGGUUCUGGACAAUUUGUCUGACGAAAAACCCAGAUUUAGCCUUCUUCAACCCCCAUUGAAUGAGGACUUGGAAUUACUUGGCAUUUCCUGGCUUAAUCCAUUAUAUGAAUCGUAUUUAUCUGAGUGCGAAAAUAAAUCCCAUAUCAAAUUUGAUGCGUACGAAAUUGAUAACAUUAUAAAUGUUAUUUAUAACGAACGUAACUUGAGUAUAGAACAAGAUGCCAAGGUUCGCAGAAGAGCGAGAAUUAUGGAGUUAGGUCACAUUUUAUCCGCGAAAAUUAUAGGCUUUAUCUAUGAUGCUGAAAGUUCUACAUUUACUUCUAGUCCAGAGCUCAAUGUUGAACAUGGAGACUCGGUCACCAAAGAAAGUCAGAUGUCCAAUAAGUUUUUGUCCGAAGAGAAUACCUUAAGUGAAAGGGCUGAGACGAUUGAGAUUGAAGACGAGGAAAGUGAAGUUGAUAGUCAUGACGAGGAUGAUGAAGAGAUCAAAGAAUUAAAGUCACGUCGUCAAGAAUUAGAAAAUCUUUUAGUCGCAAGUCGUAGUAAUAGCUCAUCAAAACAAAGACCUUUGAGUGUUUCUAAGGUUCAACAACAAGUUGUAUCAAAGAAAACGCUUUCCAGAAUUGUUCCUGGCUAUACUACACUUGUAGUUGAUACUAAUUGUCUUGUGGGAGACCUCGUUAUGGUAAAGAAAAUUAUAUGUAGCGACAAUUGGGUAGUGGUUGUGCCCUUAGUUGUUGUAACUGAGUUAGACGGUCUAAAAUUAAACACACCACCUCUCGGCACUGCUGCAUCUGAAGCCCUUGUUUUCCUUGAGCAAGCAUUGUCAAUGACAAACAAGAUGAGGAAAAUUAAGAUUCAAACUAGUAAGGGAAAUUAUGUUUCGGGAAUUAAUUACAGUGAAGAAUUUGACUUCGGCAGCGGUGAAGGCAAAAAGAAGAACAUGGAUGAUCUUAUCCUGGGCAUUUGUCUGUGGCAUGCGAAGAAUCGUGAAGAAAACAAAUCUCAUGAAAGUGAAAAUAAUGAAGUAAUCGUAUUACUCACUAAUGAUCGGAAUCUCAGAGUGAAGGCUCGUGCUAGAGGCAUCGAUGUCAUAGGGGCACAAGAUUUCUCUGGCUUGAUAUGA